CCGUUCAGAGUCCACGCGCACGUCACGCGUAACUCGGGAGACUUUAUCAAAACAAAUAAAUCCGUGAUCUAUUCACCGGUUUCGUGAUAUUUCUUGCUAUUUCACAGGUGUGUAUGAAAGGAUGUCGUGUGAGGCGUCUGUCCAGAAACAAGUGCUCUUAAUAAUGGACAGUUUAGUCUCGUCUUUAGUGACAGAAAUUUGCCAGCUCGAUAUUUUUCAGUCAAAACGUCAAAACGGAAAUCCAGAAACUGAUAUUAAAAUGAAUCUGACAGCCGCUAUAAGGAGAAUAACAAACUCAACAGCCGAACACAUCUGCAGAAUCCUUCAUACAGCAUCAAACGGACCGAGAAAAGAUCUUAUACGAUCAGAUCAAGUCAACCACACGGGAGAGCAACGGUCUUCUGGGAGCGGAAGACCCCUGAACGCUUACAUCAGAGACGAGGAACAUGUCCAAGGAGGAGACCGGCGAGAUCUCACCUCAGGCGUUGUGUCUGGAAUCCAGGAACGACUGACUUGCAAUCUUCUUCAGCCUGUUGAAGAAGAGCCAGAGUUUCGAUUUGAAGAAGUGUUUGUCCACGAAGAGGAACAAGUCGAUGAAUCAAUAGAGCCCGGUGUAGAUGAAUCUGAAUCAGUAGAGCAUCAAAGAGACGAAUGGACCACUGAACCAAACACUAAGGAUGAAUUAAACGACGCGUCACUGCACUUAAACACACUGGAUCCACCCGAUAUUAUCAAGACAGGUUCGGACGUCCCAAAAAACAUCCCUGAAACCGCCGCUAUAGAUGAAUCAAUAGAGCCCAGUGCAGAUGAAUCUGAAUCUGUAGAGCGAAGAGAAGAGCAGUGGACCACUGAACCAAACAUUUCGGUACAAUUAAAUAUGCUGGACCCACCUGAUAUUCUCGAGACAGGAAUGGACGACCCUGCGGACAUCGCUGAAACCGCUGACUCAGUAGAGCUUAGUGCAGACGAAUCUGAAUCAGUAGAGCGGCCAAGAGAAGAACCGAACACCGAGGACCGAUCGAAUGGCAUCUCAGUGCAAAUGGAUCCACCCGACGUUAUCGAGACACGUUCGGCCGCCCCGACGGACACCACCGAAGAAGCUCAGCCGAAUGCGAGCGGCGAGCAGAACGUAUGCACAAUCUGCGCAAAGGCCUUCAGCCACCUCAACAACCUCCGAAGACACGAGCAGAAGCUCCACCGCGGCGAGACGCCUCACGCCUGCCAGGAGUGCGGCGAGCGUUUCGGCUCCAGGCGCCUCCUCCAGACCCACCGGCGAGACCACAAGGUGGAGAAACCCCACAAAUGCGCGCUCUGCGACAAGGUGUUCCGCCUGCCCAACCACCUGAGGAACCACAUGACGAGUCACGGCGACCGGAGGCCGUUCUCCUGCGGCGCGUGCGGGAAGAGCUUCGCGCUCACGAGCGUCCUCCGAGCUCACGAGCGGACGCACGCCGGCGAGAAGAACUUCGCGUGCUCGCAGUGCGGCUCCCGCUUCCUCACCAAGUCUUACUUGGACUACCACCGGCGGGUGCACACCGGAGAAAAGCCACACCUGUGCAAGCACUGCGGGAAGAGCUUCGCCCAGAAGGGCAACCUCAAGGCGCACGAAAGGCUCCACACGGGCGAGCAGCCUUUCCGAUGCGAGGAGUGCGGGAAAACCUUCGUACACGCCAACACCUUCAAAUCCCACAAGCAGCUCCACACGGGGGUCAGGGCUUUCUGCUGCGAGCUGUGCGGGAAGGGCUUUCGCCGGGGAACGCAUCUCAAGACUCAUCUGCUGACGCAUUCUGGAGACAAGCCGUUCGGGUGCGACGUGUGCGGGAAGGCUUUUGCCCUGAAAGGAUCUCUGAAGACGCACCGGCUGACUCACACGGGGCAAAAGAGCCACGCUUGUGACGUCUGCAGCAAGCAGUUCACUCAGGCCAGCUCGCUAGCGAAACACAGGCGGGUUCACACGGGAGAGAAGCCGCACCGCUGCGGAAACUGCGGCAAGCGUUUCUCUCAAAGCAGCCAUCUUAGCUAUCACUCGAAGGUUUGCCAGUCUGGGGCAAAAAGCUCUGCGAACUCUGACGUGGAAGAGAAGUAACUCGGCAGCCAUUCCAUUUGUGCCUUUCUCGAAGAAACCCAACCAAAUAUUUGAGACUUUUCUUUGAAGAUCUGCAAGAGGUUUUUAGGCUGAAUCUCACGAGGGAAUGCCAGGGUCACAUUUCACAAUGAAAUAAAGCGAUUAUAUUUUGCAUAAAGAAAA